AUAUUUUCUAAGCUCUUGAAUGAAAAAAAGAAAAUAGGAGAAACAAUAAAAUCAAUAAUUUAUAAUCCACCUAUUCAAUCUAAAAACAAUGAUACUGCAAAAAGUUACAUGAAGGAAGGGGUGUCUUUUGAGAAAAGUAAUAAUUUUGACAAAGCACACGAUUUAUAUACAAAAGGUAUUGCAAAUGCUAAACCAGAAACAUUCGUGUUUAGUGCACUUUAUUUUAAACGAAGUAAAAUAUUUCAUUCUCAUGGAUUAUUUCGUGAUUGUCUUGCUGAUUCAGAACAAGCAUUAAACAGUUCGUUACUUAAUGAUAGAUUCAAACGUUACUUGAAUAUUCAAAUGGUUGAUUGUCAUCAGGAAUUAGCUAAAUGAAAAACUAUGUGAAAAUAAUGAAUUUGUUAGAAAUUCUAAAAUCAUGUGCAAGUGGGCUUUCCGGCCAGACCCAUCUUUAAUCGAAGCUCUUCCAAAAUUUACUGAUGCUCUCAAAGUUGAAUUUACCAAAGAAUCAGGUAAACAUGUUAUUGCAACAAGAGACAUUGAACCUGGUGAAAUACUUUGUGUUGAAAAAGCUUAUGGAAUAACAGUCAAUCAUGGAUUGAGAUGUAAUAUUUGUUCAUACUGUAAAUUACAAACUUGGUCAAGUAUACCAUGUGAAAAAUGUGUUCAAGUUGUUUAUUGUUCAGUUAAAUGUCGUGAAGAUGCUUACCAUAAUCACCAUGAUAUUGAAUGCACAGUUAUUCCACAGUUACUUUCAUAUGGAGUACGAGAUAAAUUUUUAAUGGCAUUGAGAUUAACAAUAAUUGCUAUGAAAGAAAUUGGUAAUUCAAUAGAUGCUAUGCGGCAUAAAAUAUCAGUCAUUGAUAGAUACAAAUCUUUGCCAACUUUUAAUAAAUUUAUUACUGAUGCAUUGAGUAAAAUGGAAUAUGACAGUAUUUAUAUAACAGCACCAAAAUAUUCACCAAAUCUAAUGACUCAUGAAUCUCAAUCAGUUGCAUCUUGUGUCAUAAUGGCUUAUUUUUAUGGUUUAGAAAUUAAAUUAUUCAAGAAAAAUGAUUUCAUAUAUUUGCAAACGCUUGCAAAUGAUGAAAAUUUUUUGUUCCUUGUUCAAUUUAUUGAAAUAAAUACAAGAAUAGCAAAUUUCAAUGGUUUGAACAUGUCAAUGUUAUCAAUUAAACAUCAAUCUCUAAAAGUAUCAAAUGCAAUUUUUGCCUAUUCCAAUUUAUUUCCACACUCUUGUAGAAAAAUGAUUGCUCAUAGUCGUCAUUAUAAUGGAAUAAUUAUCCGAUCAACUUGCUCGAUUAAAAAAAGUGAACAAGUUUUUAAUAAUUAUGGUGUGUUUUUUGAUGAUUGUAACAAUCAAGUAAGUCAAGAUUUUUUGAAAAAUUUAGAUUACAUAUGUAAAUGUAAAGUUUGUGUCGAUGAUGUUGAAACUGUGCCUAUUAAAAAACACAAAGUACCAAACGAGGAUCUGGAAUAUUUUCGUAGUGAUAUUAAAACUCUUCAAGAACAGAUAAAUGUUCUAAAGUCUUAUCUGUGUGAACAAUGUAUUGUAAAUAAUUAUUUACCUUUGUUUAAUUAUGUAUCAGAAGCUAAAAUAAUCCUGACACUUCUGAGAAAAAUUGACGAGUAUCAGAGUUAUAAUACAAACGAAGCUUAUGAAUGUAUUAAACUAUUUUUUGAAAUUCCUGCUGAGGAACAGGUUCCAUACGUGACUCUUCAAAAUAUCAGAGCGACAACUCAAAAGUCAUAA